AUGGAGUUGGAAUCCAUAGAACUCUGUCCUUAUGACCCAAACCACAGGGUGCCAGCCAGCCGGUUGCAGUACCAUCUAGCGUCAUGCAAAAAGAAAAAUCCAAAGAUAGCUAAAAAGAUGGCUAACUGCAAAUACAAUGCUUGUCAUGUGGUCCCGAUCAAAAGGCUCAAGGAACAUGAGGCCAACUGUGUCAACAGGACCGCCAUGGAUGAUGAGCCACUUAAUCUUCAAAAGAUUACUCACCCAAGCUUUGAAGGAGACGAAAACUUAUGCAGUGCUGGCAAUCAGAUUCCUGACCCUGAUGUCUGGAAUGUGGAUCAUAUGCACCAUUUUCCUUCAUUUGUUCUUGAGACUUUUGCUCCAAAAAUGCUGGUUUGUGAAAGUGACUCAAGAGACCUACAGGAGGCCAUGGCUGAUAAACAUCCCAACAGCUACAAGUCCUGGGGAAGAGGUCAGAAAAACUGAUGGAGACAUUUCGAAUUAAAGUGUCAACAGACAAAUAGAAGUCAUUUUAAACCUUAAGAAAACCUCAACUUUUAAUAACUCUUGU